AUGCUCCUUAAGAUCUCCAUUCUAGGCCUUGCACUCGUUGUAGCUGGAGUGCAGGCAGCUAUCCCCAAAAUCCCCGGCUUUCGAGUAACUUGGGCCGAUGAUUUUGAUGGCCCUAACAACGCCCUACCCAACCCCAAAAAGUGGCUGAUUGAUACCGGCACCAGCUACCCCGGUGGUCCUCCGGCCUGGGGCACUGGGGAAAUUCAGACAUACACGGAUCGCACAGAGAAUGUCCGGACUAAUGGAAAAGGUAAUCUUCUGAUCACGGCUCUCAAAAACUCGGAGAAUUGGACAUCGGCCCGAAUCGAAACGCGACGAGAGAAUUUCCUGGCACAACCAGGAGGAAAGAUGCGAAUCCAGGCCGAUCUGAGACUUUCUUCGUUAGGCGGCAAUGGCAUUGGUUACUGGGCGGCGUUUUGGACACUAGGUGCGGAGUAUCGCGGCAAUUUCUGGAACUGGCCUGCUGUAGGAGAGAUUGACAUUAUGGAAAACGUCAACAAUCUUGAUCGGACUUGGUCUGUUUUACACUGCGGGACAAACCCCGGUGGACCAUGUAACGAGCCCAACGGCUUGGCAAGUAGCAUAGCGUGCCCUGGUUCAUCCUGCGCAGGUAAUUUCCACACUCAUACCGUCGAAAUUGAUAGGUCGAUGCAUCCAGAGACGGUGCGAUGGUUCGUCGAUGGAGUCCAGUACCACCAAGUCAACGAGACAGAAAUACCUUUGAAGGUAUGGGAGCAAACCAUACACCGGCCUCAUUUCAUCCUUCUUAACCUGGCUAUCGGUGGCGGAUUCCCGGACGGUGUUUUCGGCGGCCAAACCCCUCUCGAGACCACUGUGUCCGGAGGGAGGUACGAGAUUCGAUAUGUCGCAGUGUAUAACACUAUCGGUGACCAUUUUUAG